UACAAUGGGUGUGCCUUUUACUACUUUUAUGCGAUGAAAUGGAAAAUGUGAAAUAGGGGACAUUUUGGUGGUGGGACGAAAAAACAUCUUCUGCAGUCAAAAUACUCAAAAGUGGCCAGAAUGCGAAGACUUUAAGGAGGGCGUUUCUGUGUUGCCGUGCCUUGCACUGGCCCCGGACGUCGCUGACGGAGCAGAUGCCGUCUACACACUGGACUCCCGACAUUAAUGACGGCGUUAUUUCCUUUUUCACGAGUGGCGAACGCCGUGUGUAACGACUGUCGUAUAGACACAGCCUCCAUAUGUUUUUAUAAAGGAUGGACGGGUGGAGCCCCAUCGUUGCUACAGCCUCGGAUAACGAGCGGUCGAGCUCCGAGGGGGAGUACAUGUUGGAAGCCAGACCCGAAAAUGAAGCCCGGGAGGCGGCGGACAGACAGCAGCGGUGUACCGUGGAGCGGAUGGAAGACGGAGGCACGGCCGUGGGGUUUGGGAUAAGUGGGAUCGGAGAGGGCAAAGUGGUGUUGGGUCGAGUUGGACAGAGAGACGAAAAAGAACUCAGGUACCUACACGUGUUAUGGGAGCCGGGACGGGCUGAGGUCGGGUCCGGUGCUGUUACGAGCAGACUGGGGAAGGUGACGGGGACCAGGACCAGGCGGCACCACAGGGCUGUGCGGAACCUCGGUCCGAUUGGGAAAGAUAUUUAUGCUGUGAAGAGACUGAGGGAAGCGGCGAACAGCAAUGACAUUGACACAGUACGAAAGCUCCUGCAAGAUGACAUUGACCCCUGUGCAGCAGAUGACAAGGGAAGAACAGCUCUGCAUUUCUCUUCCUGUAAUGGCAAUGAGAGCAUUGUUCAACUGCUGCUGAGCUACGGCGCUGACCCCAACCAGCGAGACAGUCUGGGGAAUACCCCGCUUCAUUUGGCGGCCUGUACCAACCAUGUGCCUGUAAUCACCACAUUGCUGAGAGGAGGAGCCCGUGUUGAUGCCCUUGACCGAGCAGGCAGGACCCCCCUGCAUCUAGCACGCUCCAAGCUUAACAUUCUGCAAGAGGGUGAUUCACGCAGCUUGGAGACCCUGAGGGGCGAAGUCACACAGAUUAUUCAAAUGCUGAGAGAAUACCUGAACCUAAUGGGCCAGAGUGAAGCUAAAGAGAGGCUGGAACACAUAUCGACACAGCUGCAGCACACGCGCACAAAAGAACAGGUUGAUGAAGUGACAGAUUUAUUGGCCAGUUUUACAUCACUAAGCCUACAGAAGCAGAAUUUGGGAGACAGGUAGAAAUUAAGGUGUACAGAGAGCUGAAGUCCUGCUCCUUUUCACACAAGUUUGACCUUUGUGUGAUGCUUUGUGCUAUUCCUAGCUUUAUUGUGGGCCUCCACCUUUGGCCAUGGUACUUGUUAGAUAUUGUCAAAACGUGGGACAGAAAUUCAUUAUCACAGGUCAUGUCAGCUAAAUGAAAAAAAAAAAAUCAUAAAAUGCAAAAUACAUUAAAAUCAGACCCAAGUGGAACAACCUGUCAGGGUGGUAAGACCUCAGCUCUCUGCUCUGUGCGACUGAGUCACAGCUGUGUCUGUGCACUGACUUAUUGUUUUUGCCUGCCAUUAUUAGCCAAGUACUAUGGCAAUUACUGUACUGUUUUGGAAAUGAUUCAGUAAUUUUCACUGUUGCUGUCUUUGUAUCAUGUUGCCUUUUCUUUUGUAUCGCAUGUCAUAUUUGUAUGUGAGCUAUACUGUAAAAAACUGAUUUGUGUGUGAUUUUAAAAUGGAUAUAUUUGGAUCAAUAAAUCAGUAUGUUUCGCUA